AUGGCUGUGGACAGAAGGAAAGGGCGAAGUUAUCUGAAGUUCAUGGUGGUGAUGCCUGGCAGCAAAACCUCUGUAGAGGUGGAUGAGGUGGAGGACCUGUCCCAGCUAGAGCCCAUCUACACAGAGGAGCUGAGACUCAAGUACGAGGGCAAAGAGCAGCAGAGAAACCCCCCCCAUGUGUAUGCCAUAGCUGACGCUGCUUUCAGUCAGUCUCAGGCCUCCACACAGGAGCAGUGCAUCAUCAUCAGUGGCCAGAGUGGUUCAGGGAAGACUGAAGCUACCAAGCUGAUAGUACACUACCUCAGCUCCAUGUACCAGGGCAGGAACAACAACCUGCGACAGCCCAUGGAGGUCUUUCCCAUCCUGGAGAGUUUCGGGAAUGCCAAGACGAUCCUCAACAACAACUCCAGCCGCUUCGGCAAGUACCUCCACAUCCACAUUCUCCAUGGCGUUGUUGUGGGAACCUCGUUGUCCAAAUAUCUCCUGGAGAAGUCCAGGGUUGUAUUUCAGGCCCAUGAGGAGAGGAACUUCCACGUGUUCUAUGAGCUGCUGGCGGGGAUGAACGACUGGGACAAACAGGAGCUCUACCUGCAAGGAGCCGAGACCUACUACUACCUGAACCAAGGUGGUGCAUGUGAGCUGAAGGGUAAGCAGGACAAACAGGACUUCCAGCUGAUGCUUCAGUGCUUUGAGACCAUCGGCCUGCACGCUGACCAGAUCUCCACCAUCUGGGCCAUCCUGUCCUCCAUCCUGCACCUCGGCAACGUCUGCUUCAGCUCCUACGAGAGCGAGUCAUUUGAGGUGGCGCGGAUCUUCAGCGAGACGGAGGCCAGGAGGGUCGGCUCUCUGUUGCAGAUUUCUUCUGAGGCCUUGCAGACUGUCAUCACUCACAGAGUCACAGAGACGACCUACGACAGGAUCUACUGCCCUCUGUCUGUGGAAAGUGCCAUAGAAUCCAGAGAUGCCAUUGCCAAAGCCUUGUACUCUGUGCUGUUUGACUGGCUGCUAGAGCAGAUCAAUGAUUGGCUGAGCCCCUCGGAGAUGGACAGCACGGUGGGCAUAGUGGACAUCUAUGGGUUUGAGGACCUGGCAGUGAACAGCUUCGAGCAGCUGUGCAUCAACUUCGCCAAUGAGCAGCUGCAGCACUUUGUCAACAAGGCGGUGAUCUCCCAGGAGCAGGAGGAGUACAGUGCAGAGCAGAUCCAGUGGUACCCCAUGCCUCUGAAGGACUUCCACUCCUGUCUGGAGCUCAUCUCCUCUAGACCCCACGGCAUCCUGCGCAUACUGGACGAUCAGACCUGCCUGCCCCAGGCCACUGACCACACCUUCCUCCAGAAGUGCCACUAUCACCAUGGGAACAGCCCCUACUAUGCCAAGCCUAAGAACCCCCUGCCAGUCUUUACUGUGUAUCACUACGCCGGAGCUGUCACCUAUCAGGUUCAUAAUUUCCUGAAUAAGAACCACGACCAGUUCAGGACAGAGGUGGUGGAGCUUUUGCCAGGAGCCGGGAAUGAUAUGGGUGUGGCAUUUUGUCUGGGGGUGGAGCAGUCCUUUCUGCAAGCAAAGCUGCAGGGGACUAAGGGCCACCACUUGACGGUGUCGGAGCUCUUCCGGAAGCUUCAGGACAGUUACAUCCAGCAGAGAGAGCUGGGCUGGAGGGGGAAGGGUCUCCGGCAGCAGCCCUCCACCGCUGCCUCUCACUUCCUGCAGUCCCUGACAGAACUCACCACCCGCCUGGAGAGAUGCAAAACCACUUUUAUUCGUUGUCUGAAGCCAAACUACGUCAAGCUCCCUGGGAUUUUUGACGUGGACUAUGUGUCGGCCCAGCUGAGGCAUGCUGGGAUAAUGGAGACCAUCCACAUCAGGAAGGAAGGGUUCCCCAUACGCAUACAGUACUCCUUAUUCAUCGAGAGUGUGGGAUUCUUCUUCUUGAUGAAUUCAGCAACUAGAUUAAGGUCAUCCUCAGCUUGUGUUGACAGGUACGGAGUUCUGCUGAGUCAGCGUCAGAGCGAGGUGUCGGACAGGGAGCAGCUGCUGGCCCUGCUGGAGCUGGUGGGGGCAGAGGAGGGGCAGUACCAGCUGGGACUCACCAAGCUGUUCCUCAAGGAGCUGCUCUACCAGCAGCUGGAGGAGAAGUGGAGCAGCACUCAGACCUGGGCGGCCAUCACCAUCCAGAGGAACAUCCGAGGCUUCAUCUGUAGGAGGAACUUCAGGUUCUUCAGAGAGAAGGCCAUCGUCAUCCAGAGCCACAUCCGAGGACACCAGGCCAGGAAGCACUACAAGCGUCUGAGGCAGUGCUUCACCCAGUUCUGGGCCGUGAUGAUGAUCACCAGGGACACCAUCAAGAGACGCCAUUGGAGGAAGGAAUUUCAUGAGAAGAAUAAAGUGAAGGCAGUGACAAAGACUAAGAGUGUAUCUCCAGGAAUGGAUGUGGGGAUGUUGGAGAUCCCUGCUGAGCUGUCAGCCAGACUCCGCAGUGCAGCAGGGCAGCAGCAUGGCUCGGGGGUCACAGAGGUGGCCCCCCCUCAGGUGAAGGCCCAACACAAGCUCAGCCUGCCUCUGGAUGUAGACAGAUACCCAUUCUCUCGCUAUGCCAAGUCCAUCUUAAAGGAUACAUGGUGCCAGCCUCAGGGACGCCCCCUCCAGAGAUCCCUCACCCCCCUGGAGCCUGAAGAUAACAGAACUGCCCUGGACAUCUACAAACUGAUCCUGCGGUUUACGGGUGAGUCGGAGCUGAGUGGCUGGCAGGAGCAGCUGCUGGGUAACUACAUCGUGGAGAGGGGUCAGAGCCGGCCCCCCCUGAGGGACGAGAUCCUGGCCCAGCUGGCCUACCACACCUGGGGCCUGCAGGAGGAUCUGAGCAGCCUGAGGGGCUGGCUGCUGCUGACCUGCUGUCUCAGCGCCUUCACCCCCUCCCCCAUGCUGGACAAGCCCCUGCUCAAGUAUGUUUCUGACCACGGUCCGGGGGAGUACCGCUCUCUGUGCCAACACAAGCUGCUGACCUCUCUGCAGCUCCCGGCCCCUGCGGCCCGCGUCUACCCCCCCACCCAGCUGGAGUGGACUGCCAACCAGAGGAAAGGCACCAUGCUGCUGGAUGUACACACCUACAACGAUGAGAAGCUGACCACUGAAGUGGAGUCAUGGACCACAGGAGAGGAGCUGGCUGCAUGGCUCCUGCAUUAUAGAGGCGCGCCGGAGGCAGUGCAGGGCUGGUCGGUGUCUCUCCUGACGGAUGAAGGCUGGUCAGAUCUGGCCGGCUCAGACUUCGUCCUGGAUCUCCUGGCUGGAGCUGAAGCUGAGGUGCUGCCCCCCCCAGGGACGCCCUCCUCUACACACUCCGACUACCUGUUCAGCAGCCAGGGGGACAGGAUGCCAGCUACAGACCUGGAUGACUUUAUUCCACCAGCACCCCCGAUGCAAGCUCCUGGGCUGCCUGCUUUUGAGGGAAGCUCCUGGGGGAGAGAUUAUCCACAGGAAGGCCGUGGGAGACAGAUGGACGCUUACGUUGAUGACCUGUUUGACCCUGUACUGGACCAAGGACCUCCGGACAUGGAAAGAGUAGCCAUGCUGAACCGCAGGAUGAAAGGAGGUGGAGGGAUUGGACCCAUGUAUGGAGCUGGUAUACCCAUGACAAUGCCAACUUAUCCUAUGGUUAACCCUUCCACUCAGAGCUAUGGGGCUCCCAUGAUGCCAACCAUGACAAUGCCAGCCAUGAUGCAUGGGGCCCCUGUGGCUGACCCCCUGCAGAUGGCAGCCUCUCAGCAAGCCCUCAUCAACCAGCAGGCCUUCCUCAUGGCGCAGCAGAUGACCAUGCAGGCCAUGACUCUAUCUCAGCAGCAGACCCAGGAGCAGCAGAGGAAGCAGAAGGAGAAGGAGAAGGAGAAGCAUUGGAAACGUCAGUCCCAGCGACGCUCCGACUCACCCUCUCCUCCCCCUCGAUCUCCCUCACCCCCACCUGCACGGCCCAAAGCCUUCAAAGCCCCCCCCAGGCCCAGGCAGCCUGUACCAGAGCCAGAGCGAGUGGUGGACCCCCCAGAGCCAGAGGACCUGCAGUCCUUCAGAGACAAGAGGAGGUACUUCCAGAAGAUCGGUGAUCAGCCCUAUGAAGAAAUCCCAAACCCUCGUUCACCCCCCCCCAGCACAUCCAGGCGGCAGCAGCGCUCCCCAUCACCGCCACAACCAUCACCCCCCCCUUCAGCACCAAAGCCUGCGGUGAAGCGUCUCUACACCCCUCCUGUCGCAAAAGCGGACCCCCCAAAAGAAACACCCACCCCAGCUCCUCUAGCUAGGCCUAAGCCUAAACCCACCUCCAACAUCCGGGAAAUCAUCAAAAUGUACAACAGCCGACCCGAACCAGAGGCCAUACCCUUGGAGCCCGUCAGACAUCCGGCACGGAAUUUUAAGAAGCAGAAUGACCCCAAAGAGGAAGCUCUGGCCAUACUCAGAAGUAAAGCUCCAGUGCCACAGCAGCAGAGACAGUGGGUGCCUCCACCAGUCAAGCCUAAAAGGGAGCGCCCGUCCCCCCCGCCCUCCCCUCCCUCCAUGAGGGAGGCCCGUGUCAUCUCUAGCAGCAUGAAGCAGAAGCAGCGCUCCCUGGGGGACCUGUUCGGCUCUCAGCGCUCCACUAACCCUCCGCCUGCUCCCCCCGAGUACCCCCCACCUCCCCCACGCCCUGCACUCGACAUUCAGCACAUCCCCGACCCGCCCCCCAUGGCGGCCCCGUCUCUCGAUGUGAUGCCAGAUGGGGACGGCAUCCGCUCACAACUGCACCGCUUCUCUGCUGGGGUUUACUUCUCCUACUCCUAUGUGCCGGGAAAACUGUUCCUGCGCAAAGAAGUGUUUUACCCCAGAGAGAUGUUCAACCGGCCCUACAUCCUCAAUCUGUUAUGUGAACAGAUCAUGAAGGACACAUACUCGGACAGCUGUGUGAGGAUCAGCAGAGAGGAGAGGAGGAAGAUGAAGGACCUGCUGGCAAAUUUCAACGUAGGAAUGACUAUAAGCACCAUCCAGAACGACAACAUGAAGAAGAGGAUUGUGAUGGCUGCUCGGGACAACUGGGAGAACUACUUCACCCGCCUGUUCCCUGUGAAGCCGGAGAGUGGGGAUGCUCAGGUGUUGGCUGUGUCUCAUCGAGGCAUCCGCCUGCUGAAGGUGGUCAGAGCGUCAGGCAUCAACCCCAAACACCUCCGCCUGCUCCGGAGCUACAGUUUUGCAGAGCUGCUGUCAGUGGAGCUCCGGGGAACAGACAGGGCGGAGGUGGAGCUGAAGAGUGAGGUGUUGGUGCUGCAGUCCUCCAGAGCUCCACAGAUCACCGCCAUGAUCCAGCUCUUCCUCCAGGAGCUCCUCAGGGACUCCGGCCAUGUGGUUGCCCUGAAGAGUUAUGUGACCGAUGACAAGAGUCUGCUUAGCUUCAGCAGGGGUGAGGUCAUCAAACUGCUCCCGAUGGAAGGACUCCAGACAGGAUGGAGUUUUGGCACCUUGGGAGGGCGCUCUGGGCUUUUCCCAGAGGACCUGACCCAGCCAUCUGCGGCCCCCGAUUACCACUGUCAGACCCUCAACCGCAAAGAUGACAAGAGGAAGAGCACGAGGGGCGCUGCACCUGUCAGUCAAUCAAACAGCCCGCCUCCAGGUCCAUCCAGCAGAGAGGGCUCGGUUCUGGCCCGAAGGUCAGUCCAGAGCUCCCGGGAGGGCUCGGUCCUGGAGCUGGAGAUCUUCUCAGGCAUGGCUGAGUUUGCCAUGAACUACUUCAGAGUGGGGUCUACAGGUCAGCCAGCAACUGGAAGGAUUUUUUCAGAGGCGGUUAAACACACAGAGGUUCCCAUCCAGGAGUCCCUCAUCCUCUACAAUGAUCCUGAGCUCAAUGAGUUAUCAGUCCAGUGCUUCAUGAACCUGAUGGAGUUCAUGGGAGAGAUGCCGUUCAAGAAGGAUAACACACAGUCAGGCUGUCUGAGCCACAUCCUUCUGUUAGGGAAGGAGAAGGAGAUGCUGAGAGAUGAAAUCUACUGCCAGGUCAUCAAGCAAACCACCCAAAACCCAGUCAAGUCUUUCUGUACGCUGGGCUGGCGGCUGCUCAACCUGAUGACGGGCUUCUUCCCCUGCUCCGACACUCUGCAGCCGUUUGUCACACGCCACCUGCAAGACAUCUCCCAGGACUACCAGCACCCAUACCAAGAGCUGGCGUGUGUGUGUCAGGAGAACAUGCAGCGCUCUCUCACUUUUGGCGGUCGCCGUAACAUCCCGUCACAUGUGGAGAUGGACGCCAUUCUGGCUGGGAAAACUUCUCGACGUGUUCCCAUCCAGCUGCCAGGAGAAGUGGAAUUCCCCAUCAAGAUACGCAGCUUCAGUUUGGCAGGAGAAGCAGUCACAGACUUCUGUAAAGAGAUGGGAGUCUUAAACCUGACGGAAAUCAAAGAGUUCUCCAUCCUCGCCAACCGACGCCAAGAUGGAAUGGUGCGUCCCCUCCAUGCUGAAGAGUAUCUGUUCGACUUCCUGCUGGAUGACGGCUCCAUCUUCCUGUCCCUGAGGAGAGUGAUGUGGAGGAGCCCUCUGACCUUCAGCAGUGACCUCUAUGUGGACUUCCACUACCAGCAGCUCCUGGCUGACUAUCUGAGUGGGCACCUCCUGCUGGCCCCUGCAGACGGCUCCUCCUCGGUGCAGCAGCUGGCUCAGCUGUCCGCUCUGCAGCACCUGGCCCAGGGUCUGCAGGGUGAGCCCUCACUACAAUUGCAAUCCAACAGAACAGACGUUAUGCCAAAUCGUAGCAGAACACAUCUCUGUCAGCCACAGCUGCACCAAACAAAGCCUCGUUACACAGCGGAGAUGAAGGAGUACCUGCCCUCCCUGGACGGCCUGAGCAUCAAAGCUGCUGAGAUCCAGACCUUCUGUGAGGGCCAGAUCGCUGCCAUGCACUCCCUCAGCCCUCAAAACGCCAAAAUACAAUUUAUUGAGUUUCUGAGCGCCAUGCCUCUGUUUGGCUCUAACACCUUCCUGGCCCAGAAGGUGAGCCAGCGGGGCUGUCCUUUGCCCUGCAUGGUCAGCAUCAGUCAGGAGGGGGUGCUGUUCCUUCACCCCAAAACAAAGGAGCGUGUGUUUCAGAUUCCUCUGGCAGACGUGCAGUCCAUGCGCACAGUCCGCCCCAAGAAACACGGCAAAGUGCCAGCUGUGGACAUCAGUUAUGGCAAUCCGGGGCGACCCAAACAAGUCACCAUUCAUCUCAAACAGGCUAAGGAGUUGUGCCACAUCCUUGCUCAGAUAAUGGAAGAGUUGAUCCGACCAUCCGUCUCCAGCUCCAUUUCAAGCCACCAGUAGAUGGACACACACACACAUACCAUGUAUACAUCACUUCAGGGGACAUUACAUUGACUUACAUGCAUUUCCUGGAGACUUAUCCUAACCUUAACCAUAACCAACACAUGCCUAACCCUAACCCUAAAAUUAAUGAUUCCCCUCAUGGGGACCUCCUUAUGUCCCCACACGUGACUGUGUAAACAGAUGUAGGUCCCCACAAGGAUAUGAAUGCUAGGUCACACACACACACACACACACACACACACACACACACACACACACACACACACACACACAUUCAGCAUUGAGUUGUUGUUAAUCACUGACUUCUGUAACUUUUGUGAUUACCUUUUUUUGUUAAUUUAUAUAUUUUUGUCUGUGUAACUUCAUUUGUGUCAUUGAUGAAAUGGGCUUGAGACAUGAAUAUGGACACAAACACACACACAUAGACCACCCAAGAGUGUAAACACAUGUGGACUCGGAUCAAAGAACAUACUGUAUGGGAAUGCAGGAGGGAUUCAAGUAAUUUAUUGUAUGAUUAAACAAUGCCUUAAAAAUACUUAUUUUGUGCAUAAAUAUUCCAUAACAUCAUUUUUGAAAUGUAAAGUUUGUUAAUUCUUGUUAGAAGUUAAUGUUGCAAUGAUGUUGCAAUGAUAAGUGAAUACUUUUGA